CACCCUGGAUAUAAAUCAGCACUGACCCCAUGCAGCCCUCAGUCUUUACAGACCUUCCUCCAGUGCCUGCGACUGCCUACCAAGCACCUCCUCACUCUCCACCGUCGUCGUCAAGAUGUCUGUCAUCUCCGUCAAUAAGAAGUACAGGAGUUCCCCCCACAAUUUCAGCAGCCAAUCCUAUGCCUUCACUGGCCACUCCAGAACGAGCCCUGUGACUUAUGCCAUCUCCAGCCCAGGUGGCAGCAAAUUCAGAGGAGCCAGGAGCCCCUUGGGGCUGGGGAUGAGUGGUGGGGCCGGCAUUGAGGGUAGUCUCGCAGUAGUGAACUUCAACCGGAGCCUGAUGAGUCCCAUCGGGAUUGGGCUUGACCCAGAGAUCCAGCGCGUGAAAGCUGAGGAGAAGGAGCAGAUCAAGACUCUCAACAAUAAAUUUGCCCACUUUAUCAACAAGGUUCGCACACUGGAGCAGGAGAACCAGGUGUUGAAGACUAAGAGGAACAUCCUGCAGGGCCAGAAAACGGGGCCCAGUAACAUGGAAACAAUGUUGAAGGCGUAUAUCAACAGCUUGCAGAAGCAGCUGGAGGACCUGGGGCAACAGAGGGUUAAGCUGGAAUCCGAUCAGGGCAACAUGCAGGACCUUGUGGAAGAGUUCAAGAGAAAGUACGAAGAAGAAAUCAACAACCGGAGUGAGAGGGAGAACCAAUUUGUUCUGACUAAGAAGGAUGUAGACGAGGCUUACAUCAAGAAGCAGGAACUGGAGGUCAAGUUGCAAAGUCUGACCGACGAAAUCAACUUCCUGAUGGAGCUUUAUGCCAAGGAGCUGCGCGAACUGCAGGCCGACGUAGAGAUGUCCAACAACCCCGUGGUCAUAUCCAUGGACAGCAGUCCCAAGCUAGACGUGGACAGCAUCAUUGCGGAGGCCAGAGUGCAGUAUGAGAAGAUGGCUGAGAACAGCCGAGAAGAAGCUGAGAACAAGUAUCGGAUCACGUACGAGCAGAUCCAGGAGAAAGCGGGCCGGCACGGGGAAGAGCUCCGUGCAGCCAAGGCCGAGAUCAACGAGCUGAAUUGGAUGAUCCAACGGAUCCGGGCGGAGAUUGCGGCCCUGAAAGAACAGAACGCCAAGCUGGAGGCGGCCAUUGUCCAGGCUGAGGAGCAAGGCAAGCUCGCCGUGGCGGAUGCUACAGGGAAGCUGCAGAAGAUGGAACAUGCCCUGCAGAAGGCCAAGGAGGACAUGGUGGUCCAGCUGCGGGAGUAUCAGGCGCUGAUGAACCUCAAACUGGCACUGGAUAUCGAGAUUGCCACCUACAGGAAGCUGCUGGAAGGAGAAGAGAGCAGGUUGGAUUCCAGUAUGAAAAACCUGAGCAUUCUGACCAAGACAACUGGCUAUUCCAGUGGGAUGAGCACAAGAUUCCCUGGCAAAUUUGGCAGCUCGUAAGCGUUGGCGCUGCCCCCGGUUCCUCCCCCCUGGAAAGCUUGACUGAGAAAAAUAAACCUGGGGAUGGAAAAUUGGUGUCCUGCUUCCUCCGGUGUCCUCUCAGAUGGGCCUCUGAUACAUUAGUGCUGUGAUACAUGAAGGGGGGGAGGGGAGUAGCUCCCUUUGAUGAACACCCAGCCAGCCAGUUAGCUGUGAAAUCCCUCUUGGUCAGUUCUCUGCUUGCUUUACCUGUAAAGGGUUAACAAGCGCACAGGUAAAAGACAAGGAGUGGGCACCUGACCAGAAGAGCCAAUGGGAAGGUAGAACUUUUUAAAAUUGCCCUCUGUCUGUUGUUCUCUGGGCUGCAGGGACACGGGGCAGUGAUGCUGUAAGCAGCUUUAAGCCGGGCUUGAUUAUAGAUGAUCAAUUCAUACCUCGAACCUACUUAUCUGGAGCCUCAGAUAUGCACUAAAUUUAGGGAAUGUCUGAAAUGAUGCGAUUUAGGGUUAUUUCUUUUCUUUCUUAUUGGCUUGUGGACUCCUCUGUGCUAACCCCAGAUGCUUCUGUUUGCUUGUAACCUUUAAGCUGAACCCCCAAGCAAGCUAUUUUGGGUGCUUGACUUCUGGAAUUGCUCUUUUAAAAUCUAGCAAAAGCCUAAG